GGUGGGGGCUGUUUCUGGGACAUGGUGUGGACAGCCUGAAACCAGAACACAGGAGAGAUGGGAGGUGAGGCAGCAGAGACAGCCGGAGUAGAGGACUCCUGAGAAGUCUGUGACCGGGAGAGUGAGGCUCAGGUCGGAGGGUUUAUUUUGUAAGGGAGAAUAUUGGUGGGAAGAAGUCAGAAGGCGCAGUCACAGCCACUGGAAAGAGGAUGGCACUGGGUAGCAGUGCUGGUUCUCACAGUCUGCCCUCAUAAACUCUUGGGUGGGGCGGGGCGGGGUGGGGUGGGUGUUGUCUACUCCAGGCCCCACUGCAUGGCUGGGACCUGGAGGCUCUGAGUUCCAGGAAGAGAGAGGUGGCAGCCAGAGCUGGGCAAGGCCUGGGCCCCAAUCUCCAGAGCGCCUCUCUGCCCGCCUGUGUCCACAUCAAACCCUUUGCUCACUGGUCUACUUCAGGAGUCCCCCAAGCUAAACCAAUCCCUGCCAGCCCUACCUGGCCUGCAGUGGGCCCAGGCUUGGUUAUUUCUUCCUGCAGGAGGUGAUGAUGACCUGGGGCACUAGGGACUAAAGAACUCAGAACUGCCUCUGGAGAGACAGACUGAAGUGCUCACCUGUGAAGUUAAAGCAGACAGGGUUGGCCCCCCUCUCCUGCAUCCAAGUGGAUGGAUAGGGAGAGGGGCAAGGGAGGACAGAGGAAAGAGUCUUGGACUGAAUUCCAGAAGAUCUGGGACAGUGCUCUUACCUUCUGCCUGUACGAUCCUGGGCAAGUCACUUAACUCCCUGAGGGGCAGCGUCCCCAUCUGGGCAUAAUCAAUGACAGCUGCUGCCAGGGUUGUGAGAAUUGCACACGCAGUUUUGUUGGUCCUUGUGUGCGUGGUGUGUCUGCUGGCGGGCAUGGCAGAGCCAGGAGAAAGGAGGCAGCCAUGUAUCCGGGGCACUUUUUGGACCCUGUCUUGCGGAACCAGGGCUCCUGGAAAGCUGAGGAGAGGCACUUCCAAGGAUGGCCUGGGAGGGGUCGAUGCCAAGCCCUCCUGCGCUGGGGCUCCUGCCCAGCCCAGGCCCUUUCUGCUCCAGAGAGGCAGGGGUAGGGAAACUAACCAGAAAGGUUAGUGCUUCUUCCCGUCCCCCGGAAAGGCAGAAUUGGGAAGUCUGAGCCUGCACGGAGACCAGAACUCACCUCUUUGAGCUUCCCAGAGAGAGCUGACCGUGAGGAUCCCUCUCAGAGAUUAGUCUCCACUCGGAGACAGCGCUCCGGCAGCACCAGGGCGGAGCUGACUGAGCUCCAGAUGUCCGGGCGCACACAGCUGUAGGGUCACGUGGCAGCGGCCCCGGCCCCCCUUCCUGCCAACGUUGCAUUUGGCCCAGGCCCCGUCCAUGGCCGCCCUUGGGACCCCGCGCUGAGCCCCGGAGGCCCCGGCAUCCGGGGCCACGCCGCUCCCAAGGGCCGAACGUGUAUCAGGAUCCCAAGGACCUCCGUGGGGCCGCGGGCGCCUGCCAGGCGGACAUGAGGCGGAGGCUGCGCCUACGCGGAGAAGCGUCGCUCACGCUGCUCCUCGGCGCCGCCCUCGGCCUCCUGCUCUAUGCGCAGCGCGAUGGCGCGGCCCCGACGACGAACGCGCCGCGAGCUCAAGGGAGGGCGGCGCCGGGGCCCACCCCGGGGCUCCGUGUAUUUCAGGCGCCGGACGCGGGCGCAGCCCCGCCGGCCUACGAAGAGGAUACGCCGGAGCCGCCCACGCCCACGGGACCUUUUGACUUUGGCCGCUAUCUUCGAGCCAAGGACCAGCGGCGCUUCCCUCUCCUCAUUAACCAGCCGCACAAGUGCCGAGGAAAUGGCGCACCCCCCGGCGGACCCGACCUGCUCAUCGCCGUCAAGUCGGUGGCUGCGGACUUCGAGCGGCGCCAAGCAGUGCGCCAGACGUGGGGGGCUGAGGGUCGCGUGCAGGGGGCGCUAGUGCGCCGGGUGUUUUUGCUGGGCGUGCCCCGGGGCGCGGGCACAGACGGGGCAGACGCGGAGGGGGCGGGCACUCGAACGCACUGGAGCGCCCUGCUGCGUGCUGAGAGCCGUGCGUACGCGGACAUCCUGCUCUGGGCCUUCGACGACACUUUCUUCAACCUAACGCUCAAGGAGAUCCAUUUUCUGGCCUGGGCCUCCGCCUACUGCCCCGACGUGCGCUUCGUCUUUAAGGGCGACGCCGACGUGUUUGUGCACGUGGGAAACCUGCUGGAGUUCCUGGCACCAAGGGACCCGGAGCAGGACCUGCUUGCAGGUGACGUGAUAGUGCAGGCGCGGCCAAUCCGCGUGCGGGCCAGCAAGUACUACAUCCCUGAGGCUGUGUACGGCCUGCCCGCCUACCCGGCCUACGCAGGCGGUGGCGGCUUCGUUCUCUCGGGGGCCACGCUGCGCCGCCUGGCCGGUGCCUGCGCGCAGGUUGAGCUUUUCCCCAUUGACGACGUCUUUUUGGGCAUGUGUCUACAGCGCCUGCGUCUCACGCCUGAGCCUCACCCUGCUUUCCGCACCUUUGGCAUCCCUCGACCUUCAGCCGCUCCGCACCUCCGCACCUUCGACCCCUGCUUUUACCGCGAGCUGGUUGUAGUGCACGGGCUCUCGGCUGCUGACAUAUGGCUUAUGUGGCACUUGCUGCACCGGCCACACGGGCCAGCCUGUGCGCGUCCAUGGCCUGUCGCUGCGGGUCCCUUCCAGUGGGGCCACUAGCCACCUGUCACAGCUCUAAGCCCCCCUCAUUCAGACCCAGGAGGUAAGUGGGAGGUAGCUUGAAGGGUAGGUUUCCCAGGCGGAUUAGUGCUGUGUAUGUGGUUCUUCCCCAGAAAGGGGCAUCCAGGUGUCUUCCUCCAGAAGGUCCCAGGGAGUGAAGAUUGAGGUUGGUUCCUGCUGACACACCCUAUUGGGAGGUGAUCUGGAACCAAUCUAAUGGUGGCCCUUUGAGACAGCCAGGGCUGAGGUGGUGGAGAACCAGGCUCUUUGCCAAGCAGGUGAACGUGCUUGGUCCUCCUAGUAGGGAUGUGGGUGGGGGUGGGGGUGGCAGAGGCUCAUGGAAUCUGACCAUACUUCUUAGUUUGGAACCCCUAGAGUGAGGCCAACAAAUGCAGAUCUUUCUCAAGGCUGGACCCCACAGGGAUGGGUAGGGGCCUGGCCUCAGUCCUCAUGGAACCGGCAGCCAUUCUGCCACAACUCAAUCUGAAAGUAGGCGUUUUGCUUCCUAUUUGCCCCUUCAAACUGCAUUCUUAGCCACGUCUAGGUCUUUAGAUCUGCUUUCCUGGGGCCAAGCCCUCCUGAGCCCUGGGCUAGCUGGAACAUUAGGGAUGGAGACACACAGGGACUGAGCGCAUUGUCCUACCUAGUCUUCCCCCAUAUCCAGCUACCCACCUACACCCACACAACUGUGCCAUUCUCUCACUGGAGCCUGUGCUACCCCCUUCAGAGGAGCCAAGGAACCUUUUUCUAAGAGGACUCCUCCAGCUGU